AUGGGGAUCCCCUGUAACGUGAUCAAACCCAAAGAGUAAGCUCUGCCCCCUGGGAAUCUCCAUAACCCUCCUUCCUGUCUCCUCCCUCUCUCUCAGUGUGAUGGGGAUCCCCUGUAACGUGAUCAAACCCAAAGAGUAAGCUCCACCCCCUGGUGAAUCUCCAUAACCCUCCUUCCUGUCUCCUCCCUCUCUCUCAGUGUGAUGGGGAUCCCCUGUAACGUGAUCAAACCCAAAGAGUAAGCUCCACCCCUGGUGAAUCUCCAUAACCCUCCUUCCUGUCCUCCCUCCCUCUCUCUCAUGUGAUGGGGAUCCCCUGUAACGUGAUCAAACCCAAAGAGUAAGCUCUGCCCCUGGAAUCUCCAUAACCCUCCUUCCUGUCUCCUCCCUCUCUCUCAGUGUGAUGGGGAUCCCCUGUAACGUGAUCAAACCCAAAGAGGUUUCUAAGCUCCACCCCCCCCUGGGAAUCUCCAUAACCCUCCUUCCUGUCUCCUCCCUCUCUCAGUGUGAUGGGGAUCCCCUGUAACGUGAUCAAACCCAAAGAGGUUUCUAAGCUCCACCCCCUGGUGAAUAUUCAUGACCUGGUGGGGGCGCUCCACCUGCCGGGUGAUGCCGUGGUGUCACCGCCUGACGUCAACCACGCCCUCGCCACGGCAGCAGCCGGACACGGUGAGACGGUAAAACCAAGGAUGGACUGUUGUUAGGCUUGCAAAACAAGUGGCACAGUGGUCUAAGGCACUGCAUCGCAGUGCUAGCUGUGCCACUAGAGAUCCUGUUCGAAUCCAGGCUCUGUCGCAGCCGGCCGCGACCGGGAGACCCAUGGGGCGGCGCUCAAUUGGCCCAGCUUCGUCCAGGGUAGGGGAGGGAAUGUAGCUCAGUUGGUAGAGCAUGGCGUUUGCAAUGCCAGGGUUGUGGGUUCGAUUCCCACGGGGGGCCAGUAUGAAAAAUGAAAAAUAAAUAAUGUAUGCACUCACUAACUGUAAGUGGCUCUGGAUAAGAGCGUCUGCUAAAUGACUAAAAUGUAAAUGUAAAAAUUCCAUCAACUUUCUCAAAAUUCCCAGGUUUUGCAGAAAUCCUGGUUGGAUGUUUCCAGAUUUCCUGCUUGUUCCGUCCUGAUUCAGGGAAUUUUCCAACCGGGAUUUCUGGAAAACCAGUGAAUUUUGGGAACAUUUUGCAAGCCUAACUGUAGUGAAGGUUUCAAUAGGAAGCUACAACCAUGUGGUAUCGCCAUCGGUCAGGAUGCAAUGAAGCCAGAAAGCAAGGCUUCUGGGGGUGGGGCCAGGGUGGGGCCAGGGUGGGGCCAUGGUGGGGCCAGGGUGGGGCCAUGCCAAGCAGAGUUUGAGUUAGUCAGUGCCCAUGGGGCAUCUCUCUGGCUAAUGUAACUUCAUGGUACUCCAAUCAAACUGGCUGUGAACUAUUGAUGGUGUUUAUCAUGUUUGAUCACAUUAUACAUAAAUCUACAUGUCUGCCAUGUUCUGAUCUCCAGGAGUGCAGAUCCAUGAGCGUACCACAGUUAACCAUGUGAUGCUGGAGAAGGGACAUGUGACAGCGGUCGAGACGGACAGAGGAGCCAUCGAGUGUGAAUACUUUGUCAACUGUGCAGGACAGGUGAAUCUCUGUCCAUUACGUGUGUGUAACUGUAAAUAACAUGGGGCCCCUCCCUCCACUAGUCUUUAGACAGUUAACACUGUGUUAGAUGACAUGGGGCCCCUCCCUCCACUAGUCUUUAGACAGUUAACACUGUGUUAGAUGACAUGGGGCCCCUCCCUCCACUAGUCUUUAGCCAGUUAACACUGUGUUAGAUGACAUGGGGCCCCUCCCUCCACUAGUCUUUAGCCAGUUAACACUGUGUUAGAUGACAUGGGGCCCCUCCCUCCACUAGUCUUUAGCCAGUUAACACUGUGUUAGAUUACAUGGGGCCCCUCCCUCCACUAGUCUUUAGACAGUUAACACUGUGUUAGAUGACAUGGGGCCCCUCCCUCCACUAGUCUUUAGACAGUUAACACUGUGUUAGAUGACAUGGGGCCCCUCCCUCCACUAGUCUUUAGCCAGUUAACACUGUGUUAGAUGACAUGGGGCCCCUCCCUCCACUAGUCUUUAGACAGUUAACACUGUGUUAGAUGACAUGGGGCCCCUCCCUCCACUAGUCUUUAGCCAGUUAACACUGUGUUAGAUGACAUGGGGCCCCUCCCUCCACUAGUCUUUAGACAGUUAACACUGUGUUAGAUGACAUGGGGCCCCUCCCUCCACUAGUCUUUAGCCAGUUAACACUGUGUUAGAUGACAUGGGGCCCCUCCCUCCACUAGUCUUUAGACCGUUAACACUGUGUUAGAUGACAUGGGGCCCCUCCCUCCACUAGUCUUUAGACAGUUAACACUGUGUUAGAUGACAUGGGGCCCCUCCCUCCACUAGUCUUUAGCCAGUUAACACUGUGCUAGAUGACAUGGGGCCCCUCCCUCCACUAGUCUUUAGCCAGUUAACACUGUGUUAGAUGACAUGGGGCCCCUCCCUCCACUAGUCUUUAGCCAGUUAACACUGUGUUAGAUGACAUGGGGCCCCUCCCUCCACUAGUCUUUAGACAGUUAACACUGUGUUAGAUGACAUGGGGCCCCUCCCUCCACUAGUCUUUAGCCAGUUAACACUGUGUUAGAUGACAUGGGGCCCCUCCCUCCACUAGUCUUUAGACAGUUAACACUGUGUUAGAUGACAUGGGGCCCCUCCCUCCACUAGUCUUUAGCCAGUUAACACUGUGUUAGAUGACAUGGGGCCCCUCCCUCCACUAGUCUUUAGGCAGUUAACACUGUGUUAGAUGACAUGGGGCCCCUCCCUCCACUAGUCUUUAGCCAGUUAACACUGUGUUAGAUGACAUGGGGCCCCUCCCUCCACUAGUCUUUAGACAGUUAACACUGUGUUAGAUGACAUGGGGCCCCUCCCUCCACUAGUCUUUAGACAGUUAACACUGUGUUAGAUGACAUGGGGCCCCUCCCUCCACUAGUCUUUAGCCAGUUAACACUGUGUUAGAUGACAUGGGGCCCCUCCCUCCACUAGUCUUUAGCCAGUUAACACUGUGUUAGAUGACAUGGGGCCCCUCCCUCCACUAGUCUUUAGACAGUUAACACUGUGUUAGAUGACAUGGGGCCCCUCCCUCCACUAGUCUUUAGACAGUUAACACUGUGUUAGAUGACAUGGGGCCCCUCCCUCCACUAGUCUUUAGCCAGUUAACACUGUGUUAGAUUACAUGGGGCCCCUCCCUCCACUAGUCUUUAGCCAGUUAACACUGUGUUAGAUGACAUGGGGCCCCUCCCUCCACUAGUCUUUAGACAGUUAACACUGUGUUAGAUGACAUGGGGCCCCUCCCUCCACUAGUCUUUAGCCAGUUAACACUGUGUUAGAUGACAUGGGGCCCCUCCCUCCACUAGUCGUUAGACAGUUAACACUGUGUUAGAUGACAUGAGGCCCCUCCCUCCACUAGUCUUUAGACAGUUAACACUGUGUUAGAUGACACGGGGCCCCUCCCUCCACUAGUCUUUAGCCAGUUAACACUGUGCUAGAUGACAUGGGGCCCCUCCCUCCACUAGUCUUUAGCCAGUUAACACUGUGUUAGAUGACAUGGGGCCCCUCCCUCCACUAGUCUUUAGACAGUUAACACUGUGUUAGAUGACACGGGGCCCCUCCCUCCACUAGUCUUUAGCCAGUUAACACUGUGUUAGAUGACAUGGGGCCCCUCCCUCCACUAGUCUUUAGCCAGUUAACACUGUGCUAGCCAGCUCUCUUCAGCCCAACUGAUCUGUAGGUGUUCAUAGGGGGUUAUGAAAUGAUAGGAUGCGUCCGACAUGACACCAUGUUCCCUAUAUAGUGCACUAGAAAAGGGAAUAGGGUGCUAUUUGGGACGCACACAGGGUGUAUAUGAAGUGUUGUAGCUGUUCCCUAUAUACUGUAGUGCACUAGAAACAGGGUGUAUAUGAAGUGUUGUAGCUGUUCCCUAUAUACUGUAGUGCACUAGAAACAGGGUGUAUAUGAAGUGUUGUAGCUGUUCCCUAUAUACUGUAGUGCACUAGAAACAGGGUGUAUAUGAAGUGUUGUAGCUGUUCCCUAUAUACUGUAGUGCACUAGAAACAGGGUGUAUAUGAAGUGUUGUAGCUGUUCCCUAUAUACUGUAGUGCACUAGAAACAGGGUGUAUAUGAAGUGUUGUAGCUGUUCCCUAGAUACUGUAGUGCACUAGAAACAGGGUGUAUAUGAAGUGUUGUAGCUGUUCCCUAUAUACUGUAGUGCACUAGAAACAGGGUGUAUAUGAAGUGUUGUAGCUGUUCCCUAUAUACUGUAGUGCACUAGAAACAGGGUGUAUAUGAAGUGUUGUAGCUGUUCCCUAUAUACUGUAGUGCACUAGAAACAGGGUGUAUAUGAAGUGUUGUAGCUGUUCCCUAUAUACUGUAGUGCACUAGAAACAGGGUGUAUAUGAAGUGUUGUAGCUGUUCCCUAUUUACUGUAGUGCACUAGAAACAGGGUGUAUAUGAAGUGUUGUAGCCAGCUGUCUCUGAGGUUUCUAAACUAAAGGAGCUGGGCCAGGCCAGUGAGACCAAGGUGUCUGUUCCUCUAGAAGUGUUCAUAGGGGGUUAUGAAUGCUAUAUGAUGUGUUAUAACUGUCCUCUAUCUACAGUGGGCGUAUGAGCUGGGCCAGGCCAGCGAGACCAAGGUGUCUGUUCCUCUCCACGGAUGUGAACACUUCUACCUCCUCUCCAAGCCUCUAGCAGAGCCUCUACCGCCCAGAACCCCAGGUGAGACCACUUCCUCUCCAAGCCUCUACCGCCCAGAACCCCAGGUGAGACCACUUCCUCUCCAAGCCUCUACCUCCCAGAACCCCAGGUGAGACCACUUCCUCUCCAAGCCUCUACGUCCCAGAACCCCAGGUGAGACCACUUCCUCUCCAAGCCUCUACCGCCCAGAACCCCAGGUGAGACCACUUCCUCUCCAAGCCUCUACGUCCCAGAACCCCAGGUGAGACCACUUCCUCUCCAAGCCUCUACCGCCCAGAACCCCAGGUGAGACCACUUCCUCUCCAAGCCUCUACAUCCCAGAACCCAGGUGAGACCACCACAGUGCAGCGUUCUGGUUCUGUAUGGGUGGCUUUGCGUUGUCAUUGAGGACCACAUUCACUUUUUUAAUGUCUACCAUUUUUACUUUGCUUGUAAAAUAGUCCACAUAUGGUUUCUUCAAGGAGUUGGAGCUGGUACCGUUCAGUCCGGAACGCAUUGAGUGAUUAGCUGUAAUAUUCCUGAACCAGUGGCGGUUGGUGCCGUUUCAUAACCAUGGCCUUAUUUCUAUUACAGCAUAUUGGAUGACUGUCAUCCAUAUUCCAUUCACCCAGUUCAAUGGAACAUCCAUAGGUUUAGGCUACUACAUGAUACUCUAAUGUUCCCUGAACCCAUCAUGAGGUUGCUACAACCUGGCCUCUGAACUAAAGUUUACAACGUAGGUGCACACAGGUCGAGUGAAAUGUGAGUAAUCAAGGUGACCGACAUUGACACAUUCAAUACCGCCUUGCACACUCUUGCCUGCAUCUAGCUGAUCUAGGGUGUAGUCAUUAGUCCAACAGUUGAAACAAGAGUUUCUAUGUUUAUCCCUGUUUUGUUCUGUUUAAGAAACGUUUUUCAACAGAAUCGGCGGAGUGAAUACACUCCUGAUCACACGCAAACACAGUUCCCUUUCAUAGCAGACACAUACAAACAGCAUGAUCACGUUGCUCGUUGUAGAAUUCCUUCUGGCAUCUACGCGCUCUCCUCCUCUCAACUUUUCCCUUCGCUUGCAGACUUCAGUGCACCACAUCAGCUGUCUGUGACCAGGUGAAAAAACCUUUGCAAGCCAAACCUUCAUAUCAUAACCGCUAACCGCUACACACAGCCUACAUCGUUGUCACCAUAUUAGCUAACGUCAUCCCCAGUCAACAGAGCUACUAGAAGAAAUGUGUUAGUAAACUCGCUACAAUCAUGCAGUACAGUCAGCAAGCUGUUUGAACCGGGUGUUUGAGUAGGCUAAACUAGCUAGCUGCAUUCGCUAGCUAAGUAGGUGAAAGUGGAAGAAAAAAAAUACAACGAAAUAUAGCUAUCUCUCUCUCUUGCUUCUCCUUCAUUUUGGAAGAAAUUAAUUUGUUAAAAACUGUUCAACUAUUGUCUUUCUCUCUCUCUGAGUCAACUACUCACCACAUGUUAUACACUGCAGUGCUAGCUAGCUGUAGCUUAUGCUUUCAGUACUAGAUUCAUUCUCUGAUCCUUUGAUUGGGUGGACAACAUGUCAGUUCAGGGGGUGGAAGGGGGUGAGAACCAUGAGCCUCCUAGGUUUUGUAUUGAAGUCAAUGUACCCAGAGGAGGACGGAAGCUAGCUGUCCUCCGGCUACACCAUGGUGCUACCCUACAGAGUGCUGUUGAGUCUACUGGUGACAUGCAUAUAUAUUUAGUAUAGUUUUAUCUAAAAAAAAUGAUUUUUUUUAUUUUUAUGUUUGUAUCACUAUUUUUAUUUUUAUGAUAUUCGCUGAGGAGGAUGGUCCUCCCCUUCCUCCUCGGAGGAGCCUCCACUGGCCUGAACUCUGUCCUGUCUGUGGUAUCCUGUCUGGAGGUCAGGGGUCAGGGUUAGACUGUGUUGUAACCAGGGCUCUAAAGUGUGACCAUGGAAAAGAUAAUGUUGUAAUGAUAAGGCUUGGCUGUACCGUUGUGUUAGAGUGCCCUAGAGAAACAAGCCACUGCAGAUUCAUUAGCAUCAUGGUUGCACCAUUACUACAGGGCAAACGGCUUGCUUCUAGCCCAACCAGGUCAAAGGAUCUGACCCAUAUUAACGGCUUGCUUCUAGCCCAACCAGGUCAAAACAUCUGACCCAUAUUAACGGCUUGCUUCUAGCCCAACCAGGUCAAAUGAUCCGACCCAUAUUAACGGCUUGCUUCUAGCCCAACCAGGUCAAAAGAUCUGACCCAUAUUAACGGCUUGCUUCUAGCCCAACCAGGUCAAAAGAUCCGACCCAUAUUAACGGCUUGCUUCUAGCCCAACCAGGUCAAAAGAUCCGACCCAUAUUAACGGCUUGCUUCUAGCCCAACCAGGUCAAAAGAUCCGACCCAUAUUAACGGCUUGCUUCUAGCCCAACCAGGUCAAAAUAUCUGACCCAUAUUAACGGCUUGCUUCUAGCCCAACCAGGUCAAAAUAUCUGACCCAUAUUAACGGCUUGCUUCUAGCCCAACCAGGUCAAAAUAUCUGACCCAUAUUAACGGCUUGCUUCUAGCCCAACCAGGUCAAAAUAUCUGACCCAUAUUAACGGCUUGCUUCUAGCCCAACCAGGUCAAAAUAUCUGACCCAUAUUAACGGCUUGCUUCUAGCCCAACCAGGUCAAAAGGUCUGACCCAUAUUAACGGCUUGCUUCUAGCCCAACCAGGUCAAAAGGUCUGACCCAUAUUAACAGCUUGCUUCUAGCCCAACCAGGUCAAAAGGUCUGACCCAUAUUAACGGCUUGCUUCUAGCCCAACCAGGUCAAAAGGUCUGACCCAUAUUAACGGCUUGCUUCUAGCCCAACCAGGUCAAAACAUCUGACCCAUAUUAACGGAGCAACAUCUUUAUCUUUCUGCAGCAGAUCGCCAGGACCACAUUUGAUAUUCAUAAACCAUUUCGUGAGUUUGUUUUAAAAACUACUCGACAUCAUCAACCGUUUGUUUACACUUUGUUCAACCUUGUUACCUCAUUGGCUAGCUAACUACCAACCGGGUAACUGUACCAGUGGAUCCAAACAUUCAGGGACACGGACAGAAAGGAAAAGGGCCAGCUUCUUCAGGAGAUCAAUGAUCGGUAGCUUCUUCAGGAGAUCAAUGAUCGGUAUCUUCUUCAGGAAAAGGGCCAGCUUCUUCAGGAGAUCAAUGAUCGGCAGCUUCUUCAGGAGAUCAAUGAUCGGUAUCUUCUUCAGGAGAUCAAUGAUCGGUAGCUUCUUCAGGAGAUCAAUGAUCGGUAUCUUCUUCAGGAGAUCAAUGAUCGGUAGCUUCUUCAGGAGAUCAAUGAUCGGUAGCUUCUUCAGGAGAUCAAUGAUCGGUAGCUUCUUCAGGAGAUCAAUGAUCGGUAGCUUCUUCAGGAGAUCAAUGAUCGGUAGCUUCUUCAGGAGAUCAAUGAUCGGUAGCUUCUUCAGGAGAUCAAUGAUCGGUAGCUUCUUCAGGAGAUCAAUGAUCGGUAUCUUCUUCAGGAGAUCAAUGAUCGGUAGCUUCUUCAGGAGAUCAAUGAUCGGUAUCUUCUUCAGGAGAUCAAUGAUCGGUAUCUUCUUCAGGAGAUCAAUAAUCGGUAUCUUCUUCAGGAGAUCAAUGAUCGGUAUCUUCAUCAGGAGAUCAAUGAUCGGUAUCUUCAUCAGGAGAUCAAUGAUCGGUAUCUUCAUCAGGAGAUCAAUGAUCGGUAUCUUCAUCAGGAGAUCAAUGAUCACACAAUGAAUGAAUGAAUGACUGAUGCACGUUGUCAUCACAAACCUGACGGUUUUAAAGAGACGGUGUACAAAAAUAGUGCUUUUCCAUAAAUGUAGAAACUUAAUAUUCCACAAGUGACUUUGUAAUUCCAAUGACAGGUUUUCAUAUCAACGUCUUAGCUUUUAUAAUAAACUAACGUCUUUACAGGGUUACGUAUUAGUUUCUAGGGCGCAACAUGUUCUUCAGAAGUAGAUAGAAUUCAGAUAGGCCCAAUAGAGGCUGUAUCUCUCUCUAUUUAAACAUUCUGAUUUUCUGGUGCUCCUACAUUUCAUCUGGUGCUCCUACAUUUCAUCUGGUGCUCCUACAUUUCAUCUUGUGCUCCUGACUUCUUAAGGUUGGGAACACCAGUGCUACCAAUAAAUUAAUGUUUUUUAGAGCCCUGUAUCUCUAGUGGUGUUUGAUCCUCCCAUCCAUAUCCCUGUGAGAGCAUGGCAGGGAGGUCUGGAGGUUAGGGUUAGGGUCAGGGGUCAGGGGUCAGGGUUCGACUGUAUUGUAACUGUAUCUCUGUGUGUUCUCUCUAGUGGUGAUAGAUAUGGAUGGGAGGAUCUAUGUGAGAGCAUGGCAGGGAGGUCUGGAGGUUAGGGUCAGGGGUCAGGGUUCGACUGUAUUGUAACUGUAUCUCUGUGUGUUCUCUCUAGUGGUGAUCGAUAUGGAUGGGAGGAUCUAUGUGAGACCGUGGCAGGGAGGGAUCCUGUCUGGAGGAUUUGAGAAGAACCCCAAACCCAUCUUCACUGAGGGACGCAACCAGCUGGAGAUUCAGAACAUGCAGGAGGAAUGGGACCACUACGGUAAGAGACGGGGGUUAUUCCCUUAAUGGUGCACAGAACAUGCAGGAGGACUGGGACCACUACGGUAAGAGACGGGGGUUAUUCCCUUAAUGGUGCACAGAACAUGCAGGAGGACUGGGACCACUACGGUAAGAGACGGGGGUUGGGGUUAUCCCUUAAUGGUGCACAGAACAUGCAGGAGGACUGGGACCACUACGGUAAGAGACGGGGGUUAUUCCCUUAAUGGUGCACUGCUACUGUAAAACAUGUAUUCCAUUUAGACAGGUUCCCCAAGCGACAUAGUGCUGUUAUAG